UUCACCUUUUCAUUCGAUCUCUCUCCCUUUCUCUAUUCCUCCUUUUCGUCUGCAACUUUGUUAAGCUAUAUGGAGACCCCAUCAUCCGCAAGAAGAGUCACCAGGUCCCAGACUUUGGCCUUGGCUGCUUCUGCAUCAAACAACGAUAUUCCCAGUGAGGAAGAUUGAAGAUUCUGAAAAGGUGUUUUGAAGUCACGGCAGCAGCAGCAAGAUCGAUCUGCUUUGAUUGAUGUAACAAAUGAUUCGCCCAUCAUUGGGCUGGCAACUGGGGGUUUAGAGACUCCAUCAUCGGCCAUAACCAAGAAACGAAUCAGUAGAGCCAAGAUUAAUAGAACACCCGGCUCUGGAGAGAACUUGCUGCGGUGUCAGGUCAAGACUCUUCUUCAAAAGGUUGAAGAAGAGGCUGAGCUUUCAAAACUCCCCAUUGAGAGUCGUCCUUUUCUUCAACUUCAAGGCAUGAUCAACUCCCCCUUAAGACUUCUUGCGCCGACUCCGGCUAACACCCCUCAAGUCUUGAAUACUUCUGAGGAUGAAAUUGAUUCUGUCAUUGUCAACCCUUCUUCAUUGGCUCAGCUUCAAUCCAUUUCUAAGGUUGUGAGCAACAUGAUCGAGGGAAAUAAACAAGAGAGUAUCGAAUUUGAAAAGAAUAUACUUACUCGAUCUUUGCUGACGGAUUUCUCCGAGAAAUCGGAAGUUUUUUCGGAAUCCCCAUGCGUAGAUGAGGAGGAGUCUUCUUCUGAGUGGUCCAUUCAGGCGAAUGCAAGUGCCCACGACGAAGAAGAGGAAGAAGAAUACUCUGAGUUGGUCGAUGAACUAUGUGAAGAAAUGAGCAAGAUUAAUGUGAACAACGAGAAGAUAACUGGAAAGCACACGAGAUUCAUUUACAACAGUGAUGACGAAUUAAUUGAAGAAAAAUGCGUUGAAAACAAAGAGGAAGAUUCUGAACCAAAUCUAUCCUCUGAAACUGAAGAGGGAGAAGAACAUGAAAAUGUUGAAGAAUGAAAAAUGAUGUCGCCUUGUGCCGGUGAUUUUUCUUUUCAUUUUGGUUUUUGAUUGAUUGAAUCAUGAAAAUUGAUGACUGCUGCUUGCAAUCCCCACUAAUUCCAGACAAUAAAAACAUUUUGAGACAAA